AUGGUUCGAACAUUGAACAAUAUGGCGGAGCUGAGAGCUUCUAGGUUUGGUCAUCCUUGGCCCAGGCACGGACUCAAGCUCCUUUUCUGGUUCGCCAACGAUUACAUCGUCUUCAACGAUGACAACCAGAUGUUUGCAAAUUACGACCCCGAAGAGGGAGACUUUGGUUUCCAUCACUUCCGGAACAGACGUGAGUGUGAAAACGCCGUCUGCAAGAGGCUGCUUCCUGAUGAUGGCUACCCAUUCUAUGAGGUGGGCAACCUCCACCUUAUAGCAUCUGAUUCCAUGCCUGAGUAUGUCAGGAAGUACAACACUGGUGACAUAGAUACCAGCAACAUGGACCGCCUCAUCAUCAGUAUGCGUCCAGACAUGACAGUGGAUAAGGUCUAUGUGACCCAGCACGAGGACCUGAGGAGCUUCGACCCGGUCAACACCUAUCGCAUCAGCAGGGGGUUGCUCAUGAUCAUAUGCGGCCAUCCAUUCGCGGACAUGUCAUUUAGGAACUUCCUGGAACAGGCGGGCUAUUCCACCCACGAGCCAAUGAGAUAUAUCGAUCAGAGUUCUAGUACCGCCCAAAUCGAAUUCUCAAGCCCCGCACCCAGGGAGUCUAGGGACACCAGAAUGAAUAUGGAAGAGGGCUUCUUCUCAGGCAGGUUCUACCUAGAGGUGUUGGUGAAGGGGAAGACUUCUGGGAAGUUAGGAGUGGUCAGAGAGUCUGUGGGGAGGAAGAUGGAACAGCACUCCAGACUGACGGAAGAGGAGAAAGAGAUGGAGAGUGACGGAGAAAAACAAAGAGAGGUAUGA